UACCUUGUCCCCGCUAUUUAAUUUAAUCUUAUUACAUAAGAAGUCAAUGAAUUCACUGUUCACUUGCUGCAAAGCGUUCUCCCUGAACGUCUGCUCCCUGGCCGCGACAAAUCAGCACUGGGCUGUGGGCUGGUGACGAUUCGCUGACGCCGCUUCUCCCACACCGUUAGAGAGGGCCGUGAGAGAGGGAAAGGCUGUAGACUGGAUUCUGUUCAAGGUGAAUGCGAAACCCUGCAGCACGGAGAUCGAAAUUCUUCUGACACAGGGAGAGGCAUAGCUACAGACACAGCUGCGGAAAUGGAGGUUCCGAGCCUCGGACACAACAUUGGUAGCCCCACCAGUCCAUGCGAGGGCAUGAUAAAGAAUCUGAGCUUGGAGGCGAUUCAGCUGUGUGAAAGAGACGGAAGUAAGUCCCAGGACAGCGGGAUUGCCGAGAUGGAGGAGCUUCCUGUCCCGCAGAACAUCAAAAUAAACAACAUCACCUGCGACUCCUUUAAGAUCUGCUGGGACAUGGACCCCAAGUCCCGGGACCGCAUCACACACUACUUCAUCGACCUCAAUAAGAAGGAGAACAAGAACUCAAACAAGUUCAAGCACAAGGACGUCCCAACGAAGCUGGUGGCGAAGGCGGUGCCCCUGCCCAUGACGGUGAGAGGUCACUGGUUCCUGAGCCCCCGCACCGAGUACACGGUGGCCGUGCAGACGGCCUCCAAGCAGAGCGACGGAGACUACGCCGUGUCCGAGUGGAGCCAGAUCAUCGAGUUCUGCACCGCAGAUUACUCCACUGUCCAUCUAACGCAGUUAUUAGAGAAGGCAGAGGUGAUCGCUGGAAGGAUGCUGACAUUUUCUGUAUUCUAUCGCAAUCAGCACAAAGAAUACUUUGAUCAUGCCAGAGAGCUGCAGAGCGGCAGGAUGCUCCCCUCGGUGAAGGACAACAGCGGCAGCCACGGCUCCCCCAUCAGCGGCAAGCUGGAGGGCAUCUUCUUCUGCUGCAACACCGAGUUCAACACGGGCAAGCCGGCGCAGGACUCCCCCUACGGCCGGUACCGCUUCCAGAUCGCGGCCGAGGCGCUGUUCAACCCCGACACCAGCCUGUACUUCGGGGACUUCUACUGCAUGUACACGGCCUACCACUACGUCAUCCUGGUGCUGGCCCCGCGGGGCUCGCCCGGCGACGACUUCUGCAAGCAGCGGCUGCCCGCGCUGGACCUGGCCGACAACCGCUUCCUGACCUGCCGCCAGGGCGAGGACGGCCGGCUGGAGUUCCAGCACGCCCAGGACGUCAUCCUGGAGGUCAUCUUCACCGAGCCCGUGGGCCUGGCCCAGGGCACGGUGGCCGAGAUCAGCGGCCACCAGCUCAUGAGCCUGUCCACCGUCAACGCCAAGAAGGACCCCAGCUGCAAGACCUGCAACAUCAGCGUGGGCCGCUAACGGGGCCCCCUCCCCCCCGCCCCGCCCACGCCACGGACGCUCGCACCCCUCGCCCCGAAAAAGAAAAGAGAAAAACUCCACCAAUCCCCUUUAACCCUCCGCCCCGCCCUCUUCAGACUGCUCCGCAUGAGUUCACAGCUGUUCGCCGAACAGCCGGUCUUUUCUUUGACCAGAUUACUUUGAUACUUUCUUUUCUUAAAUACGUUUCUGGGGCAUUCCACGUUCCUGUUCUUUUCUGCUCUUUUUUUUCCGGAAGAUUAUUUUCAACGUAUUGCCAUGCCAGACAGUACCCACCCCCCCCCCCCCCCCAUCCAAACCCACCCACUCUGGUUGUAAUGCUGAUAACAGUCCAUUCCUCCAGUCUUAGAGCUGCCAUGUAAUAUUUUGCCAAAGGUAACAAUAAACGAUCAGAACUUCUGCAGAAAAGCUAUGGUAAAUGCUUCUAGAAGGCAUUCUAAAUGCCAGUUAAACACCUCUUGAUUUGACUGUGAUUGCUGGACAACUUGUAUAAGCAUGAUAAGGUUUUACCAGCAGCAUGAACUUCAAUACUGAAAACGUACAAAUGUUAUCACAUGCACAUUAUUGUUUUGCAGUGUCUAGUUAUUUAUUAACAGAAAUCAUAUACUGUGUUGAAACACAAUAAAUGUGAUUGAAAAAAUA